CUCAGGUUAGCAGAGUCCCAAUAUCAUACUCUGAAUGCGAAGGAAAAAGCAAGUGUUCAGAUCUUUUCAGUUUUUUAUUGAGUCAUCAAGUCGCGAUCUGGGAGGCUCCAUGCUCUCAUGCCAUUUCUGUGUCGAGUGUCUCGGCUAUGCGAGCCGUCGAGAUUUCAGUCCUUGAAGCAGAGAAAUAUUCGCUGUACCCCACUGCCAUUGGUGACACCUCGUGGGAAGACCAAAGUGCUACUCCAUAGAUGGGGCCCUCUUGCGAGGCAAAUGUACUCCCAAAGCACCCAACCGCGCCUCCCUACCUCAGGAGGCGCGUACCGAGAUCUGGAGAGCCUGCAAAGGAAGCAGAAAGGUCGAAAGCAAACGCAAGCUUCCUCAACGACAGGAUACAGCAUGGCAAGAGAGUUGCAACCGUCACCAGACCAUAUGCGAUAUGACCUUUUACCAUUGGUUCAUCACGACGGGAUAGAGAGAGAGAAGGAACUGGAGUGACUGACAUUGGAUGCUCUGUGGUGGGCAUUGUGAAUGCGAACCGGUGAGGUUGGCGGUGGCUCGCCGGAGUGCAGAGCGCGGCGGCGAGGCGAGUCCAUGC